AUAAGCGUCCGCUAAUGGUGUGUUGUUUGUUAUUUUUUAAAAAUAUUUGUACCGGAUAAACUCUGCGCAUUAGACGAAAAUGUACUCCGCAGCGGUUAUUGCUCUCAGCGCGGCAGUGUUCCUUUGUGUGUAUAACGUUCCCUCGGCGUAUGGCCAGAAUGAGCUUUUGAACAACAUCAGUUUAGCCAAUGCCAACGCCUCCUCAUCUGGAGCAGCAGCCGAUGCCAGCAACGCCUCGGCACCCGCCACACCUGCCACCGCCGUCCUGACCGCCCCCUCGGGCAGCAGUAGUGAUGUGGCCGGCAACCUGACCUCCGCCAUAAGCAACGUGCCGCUUAACGUCUCCUCUAGCCUUCCCGAAGCCUCCAAUGCUUCAUCCAGUGUUUCUGCGGCAUCCUCCAGUUCCGCGGCUUCUAACGGCUCAUCGGCCGAACCAACGGUCGUCAAAAGUGAUUCCAACUCUUCCGCUCCUGCGGCUGCCGUAGCGACAUCUGCCGAGCCGACGCCAAAAGACAGCUUGAACGCUUCGGCCGCCGCUGUUCCCGUCGUCGCUCCCGACGCAGCGGCCUCUUCCCAGAACGCCUCCUCUUCCGCGGCUGCUCCUGCAGAGUCCGCUGCUUCAUCCCAGAAUGCUUCCUCUGCGUCGGCUUCCGGUUCGGCAUCCAACGCUUCUUCUUCCGUUGGUGCUCCUGUGGAAGCUCCUGUUUCUUCCCAGAACGCCUCCUCUUCGGCCGCCGCUCCUGUAGAAGUCCCUACCGCUUCCCAGAAUGCCUCCUCCGCGUCGACUUCCGGCUCGGCAUCCAACGCUUCCUCGGCAGCUGCUCCCGUGGAAGUGGGUACUCCCGUGGUGGGCGUGGCCCAGAAUGCGUCAGCCGCCGCGGAGAGCAGUGCGCCGUCCAGUAUUCCCAGUGCCCCUGUUGUUUCCAGUGGAGUGGGCGAAGCGGUGGCGGCCAAUGUAAGUCAGCCGGUGAGUGGCACGGAACUCAGCGCGCUCUUUGGGCCGCGGGCGGCCGAAGGUGCCAGCCAGAACGCCACGGUGGUUGGUUCCGCGUCCAACGCCACUCUGCCCGCUAACACCACUCUUUUCGCGUAAAAGCGGAAGGAACGUAUGCUCUAGUUGUGAUGUAAUCCUACAUGUAUGGCACCAUGCGGCACUUUUGCCGUUUUUCCGGCUCGCGUACAUUAUUAUAGUCGGUGGUAAAUGUUAGCGUUGCGCUUCUUAUACUUGUACUGUAACUGUAAGCGCUGACCAUUAUUAAAAUUGAUUGUUGA